CAAACGACUGCAGAUAAUCACUGCGACACGGAGCUAAGCCAACGAUCCCGUGUGCAUCUUAGAGGAACGUCAAACUCUAGAUAGUUUGCGGGGCACGAACUUAACUAUAGCAAGUAAAUGAAUAAACGCAACAGUUUAAGCAAGGAACAAUCGCGUCGGAAUCUGCGGUUGUUGUCGCGUCGGCAUCUGCGAACUCAAACAUGUAGCGCCUCGAUGACUUCUCCCCCUACAGCCUUCGUGAUCUCCAUCCGGAACCGCUUCACUCCCCUCCGCGAGACAGGACGCGACGCUGUGAUCAUCGGAGACUCCAUCGUCCGACAUGUCCGUGCUACGUUAGCCGAAGGUAAAGUGCACACUCAAUGUUUCCCUGGUGCUCGUGUUCUCAAUGUUUCUGCGCAGAUACCCGCAAUCCUGAAGGCCGACGAGAGCCCCAGAGCGGUCGUGCUUCACGCCGGGGUUAACGACACCACGCUGCGGCAGACGGAGACGCUGAAGAGGGACUUCAGGAGCCUGAUCGAGAUGGUUCGCAGCACGACGCCCGCGGCGACGAUCAUCGUGUCAGGACCACUGCCCACGUAUCGACGAGGACACGAAAGGUUCAUUAGACUUUUUGCUUUAAAUGAAUGGUUGUUGUCAUGGUGUAAAGAACAGAAACUGCUAUUUGUUAAUAACUGUAAUCUUUUCUGGGAGCGUCCUAGGCUGUUUCGCGCUGAUGGAUUACACCCCAGCAGAGUCGGAGCGGAGCUUCUCUCUGACAACAUCUCCAGGACACUUCGCUCCAUGUGACUAGAUUUACACAAGCUCCAGUCUGGAUCCAGAACACCUGAGAAGAGAUAAUACUGACCCUCAGAGGACCUCAGAUGAUGCUAACCCUGAAUCAACAAACAUAACUAACAAUUAUUGCUACAUGUGUGUCUGCAUCAUAUAAUAAUUAUGAAUUAAUAAUAUUAAUAAUGUUCAUCGUCUAGCUGACUACGUCUUGUAUUAAUUUUUUCUAAAAAUCCUGUCAAACGUGCACAAAUUGACAGUCACCACCAUAAGCUACUACUAAAUAUUGUAGAAACAUAAUUUUCUGUAAAGUUGCUUUGUAACGAUUUGUAUUGUAAAAAGCGCUAUACAAAUAAACUUGAAUUGAAUAUUGCUUAACUUUGGGUGACGCUCCCACCCCCCACCUUAAUGUUGAUUUUCAGCAUGUUAGACUUAAAUUGAAUGAUAUACAAACUGCCAUCGUAUUAAGCUGCUGCUGCUAUUA